AAACGAAGAGUGGCGCAUAUGUGGAUUUGUUUGUAAUCAUAAACUGAUCAAAAGCAGCGUAGAAUGGCUCGAAACAUUUUGUUGCGGAAAAAUCAACUCGCAUUUAUAGCUUCUUCACAUAAACACUAUGCGACAAAAGCAGCUACAAAAGUAAUUUCUCGACCUGACCGCUGGAAGAGUGUCAUCGGUCUGGAGAUUCAUGCCCAGAUACAAACCGCCUCCAAAUUGUUCUCGGGCUCGGAGGUAGCAUUCGGGGCCCCCAUCAACACCUGCGUGUCACUGUUCGAUGCCUCAACACCUGGAACGCUCCCUGUGCUGAAUCGGAAAUGCGUCGAGCUCGGCGUUCGAACUGCUCUUGCACUGGACUGUGAGAUCAAUCCGGUUUCAAUGUUCGAUCGGAAGCACUAUUUCUACGCUGAUUUACCGGCCGGUUAUCAGAUAACUCAACAGCGGGCUCCUCUAGCGAGAAGUGGGACGUUAAGAUUUCCCGUUUUCGUUCCCGGCGUUACGCGCAAGCCGUACUACAAAUCUGCUCGAUUGCUGCAAUUGCAGUUGGAACAGGAUAGCGGAAAAUCGCUGCACGAUCCCGUGGAGCGGAAGAGUCUGGUGGAUCUCAACCGAGCUGGUAUUCCGCUGAUGGAAUUAGUGUUUGAGCCAGAUCUUGAAACGGGAGAAGAGGCUGCCGCUUUGGUAAAGGAAAUGAUUCUGAUUCUCACUCGCUUGGGUAGCUGCAAUUGUAGAAUGGAAGAGGGUGCUCUCCGGGUGGAUGCCAACAUUUCUGUGCACCGUGAAAACACGCCCCUAGGGACUCGAACUGAGGUAAAAAACAUCGGUUCGGUCCGGGCGGUUGCACAAGCCGUGGAAUACGAGGUUGAGCGGCAAAUCGGAAUACUGAACGAAGGUGGCCGUAUUUUCAAUGAAACCCGGGCGUGGGAUGCUGUUAAGCGGAGAACCAUCGCUAUGCGAGACAAAGAAGUGGUUCAGGAUUAUAGAUUUAUGCCGGAGCCGAAUUUACCACCGCUACAUGUUCGCGUUGGAGGGACACUUUCGGAUGGGGAUACAGUAGAUGCAACGCAAAUUCUGGCAGAUCUUCCAGAGCUACCGGAGGCGACACGGAAUAAACUGGUGGAAGAACAUCUGCUCACACCCGAAAUGGCUAUUAUUUUGGUGAACGACAUCACGCUCCACUCCCAUUUCCGAGCCAUAGCAGAAACAUCCAACAAGGAUGCCCGAUCCCCAAAGACUGUCGCCAAUUUUCUCAUAAACGAACUGCUAACUGUGUUGAAUAAAAACAAAAUUGAAAUUGAAGAGUGUAAAAUCACCUCCGCGCAUCUCGCCGAAGUGGUCGAUAUGCUGGAGAGCAACACAAUCAAUCCGUACCUAGCGAGGCUCAUCCUACAGGAAGCGCUUGAAAAUGUAACAGAAAGCCCCUCUGAGAUAGCCAAACACAAGGGCUGGCUGAUGAUAACCGAUGUUGGGCGGAUCGAAGAGUACUGUAGGAAAGUCAUCAAAGAUAAUCCAAAGGUGGUGGAGAAGUAUCGGAAUGGUAAGGACAAAAUGUUAUACGCGUUGGCCGGAGAAAUAGCCAAGCUGUCAGACCAGAAGGUGGACAUGGCGAAGGCAGUUGACUUGUUGAAGCUUAUGUUGAAGAACAAAUAAAGUUAGCUUAUUGA